GACAAAUUCAGAUACUUUGAUGUUUAUAAUUAUCUGAGAAAGAUGGAAGACACCUGAAAUAAUAACCGAGGAGACACCCUGUGUGAAAAUGAAGUUAGAGUAGAAAGCAGAGUGGAGUGAGAGAGAGGGAAAAUGAGAGUCUGGUGUAGGAUUUAAUUUAUUCAUCCUGCUGUGCCUCUUGGACUUCUAUCUUCUCUCCUGUAUUCUUAGGGAAGGUCAACAUCCCUGGUACCAGGAUCUCUCCAGCCCAGCCCUUGAAAGAUCCAUUCUCUAAAGCAUAGACAACAGUAGGACUGAAUAAGGAAAAUAUGUGGAUUCUGAUCACCACGCAGCUCCUGCCUCUGCUGCUCCUGAUGCUGCAGCCACUGCAGUUUGAAAAGCUUUUUAAAUAUUCUGAUUUAUCAGAUGUUGACUCAGAAGAAUUUGAAGAUUAUUUGGAGGAAUUAUACAGUACAGGGCCUACCAAAGCACCUACCAAAAAAACUUUCCAAAAUCAGGUCCUUGCUGAUCCUGACAGACCAUUAUCUGAUCCACAUUACUGCAAUGAUGAAGUUAGGAUGAAAAAUGUUCACAACAGGUUAUAUUGUAAGAAAGAACAUUUCUUCCUCCAAGCUACAUAUGAGGAGGUGCAAAAGAUAUGUCGCCACCUGUUUGUACCAUGUAAGAACGGAGUUAAGAAAUGUCAUAGGAGCAAGAAACUAAUAGAAGGAGUGUAUUGUAGUUUAACAUCAGGAACCAUGAUAGUAGACUGUAUCUAUGAAUCUUUUUACAAGCGUGGAUUUGCCCUUAUCACGUGUCGAUGGCAAAAUGAUAUCCAAGAAAUUAUCCCUGAUCAUGUAGAUGAUCUUCAGGAAUUAUAUAGCCAGCAGAAAGGCAUUAUUCACCAGGAAGCUAUCUUCCCCCCAUUAUUCUAGAAGAGUAUUCUUUAGGAGGUUAGAAUAGGAGGAUACGACCCUUUCCAUAUUGAUCCCUAUAGGUCAAAAUUGAGAAUGCUAAUUUUGGUACCAUUCAUUUUAAUCAUCUGCUUCCCUCCCUUCUUCCCUUAACACCAGGCAAACGCAGCGUGGGCUAGGUUCACAGAUAGUGCUCUGAGAUGUGGUUUCAAACAGGUCAUGUAAUUUAGCACAUUUUGGAUGUCUUAUGAGAAUGAAUGCCUGCAGUGAAAGGAUGACCAGCAGCAAAAGGAACAGAAUAUGGUUGCCUGAAUUGUGAUGUAAAGUUGUAUUCAUAGGAAUCUCUAGUUCGGUAGAAAUAAUAAAGGGCACUGACCUAGUGAA